CCAUUGUUGAAGCCCCUUCGGCGGCGGCGGGGAGCAGGUGCUGUCAAUGGCUGUGAUGACGAUGCAGCUGGGUGGGCUGAUGUUGGCCGUGCUGGGCUGGCUGGGCUCCAUCCUCACCUGUGCGCUGCCCAUGUGGAAGGUGACGGCCUUCAUUGGCUCCAACAUCGUGGUGGCCCAGGUCUUCUGGGAAGGCCUGUGGAUGAACUGCGUGUACGAAAGCACAGGGCAGAUGCAGUGCAAGGUCUACGACUCCCUGCUGGAACUCACCUCUGACCUGCAAGUGGCUCGUGCCUUGGUCGUAACCUCCAUCUUUGUUGCCUUCUUUGCCUUCCUCACUGCCGUCUCAGGUGCAGACUGCACCCACUGCAUGGAUGACAAGGGCACCAAAACCAGGAUCUCCAUUGUGGCAGGUAUCAUCUUCGUCCUGGCCAGCAUCUUGUUGCUCAUCCCUGUCUCCUGGUCUGCUAACAGCAUCGUCAGCAACUUCUACAACCCCAUGGUGCCUGAGGCUCUCAAGAGAGAGCUGGGGGCUGCCCUCUACAUUGGCUGGGCCUCCAGUGCCCUCCAGCUUUUUGGUGGGGGCAUCCUGUGCUGCUCAGGACCCCCAUCCCAGCAGGACUCCUACCCCAAGAAGUACAGAGCAGCGAAAACCUGUGAGCCAAUGGGCUACCCCAUGCAAGACUAUGUGUGAGUCACCAUGCCUGGGUGCCAGCCCACAGGAGAGCACCAUCAUCCCCCUCCUGCCUCUACAUGCCACCCCCUGCCCAUGUGCUGCCUCCUCCUGCCUGUCCUCAUGCUGACUGCUCCCCCAGCACACUCCUCCUGCAUGUCCCCUCCCUGGUG